CUAACCCCCCGGGUAACGGCUUACCUUCUUACCGCCAAACAUGCAUCCUUCUGCCGCUCGUUUGCUCAAUAUUCUCAUUCCUGUAAAGCGUGCCGUUGACUAUGCCGUCAAGAUCCGGGUCAAUCCUCAACAGACGGGUGUGGAUUUGAACGUCAAACAUUCCAUGAAUCCAUUCGACGAAAUAGCGGUGGAAGAGGCCAUUCGGAUACGUGAACGACUAAAAGAAACAGUGAAAUCCAUAAAGGCGGUAACAAUUGGCCCACCGAAAUCCAUUGAUACCCUUCGUACAGCCCUCGCUAUGGGUGCCGACUCCGCAAUUCACGUCGAGAUCCCCGAGUCUGCACCGUCACCUGAACCCCUUGGAGUAGCCAAGACCCUUCGGGCUAUCAUUGAAAGGCAGAAGGAGGCUGGAGGCGUUGACCUGGUCAUCCUGGGGAAACAGGCCAUUGAUGAUGAUUCCGGACAAACCGGGCAGAUGUUGGCCGGUCUUUUAGGCUGGGGCCAGGCGACAUACGCGAGCAAGGUCGACAUCGAUGCUGAAGGCAAGAUCGCAACAGUACUCCGCGAAAUUGAUGGCGGUUCUGAAGAGCUGAAAUGUCGGCUACCACUCGUCAUUACGACGGAUCUACGGUUGAAUGAACCGCGUUACGCUUCGCUACCCAACAUCAUGAAGGCCAAGAAGAAACCAGUAGAAAAACUAAAAGCGGAAGAUCUGGGUGUAGACUUGACGCCUAUUCUUGAGACUGUAAAGGUUGCAGAGCCUCCUAAGCGUAUUGGUGGCGGAAAGGUCGAGUCUGUGGACGAGUUGGUGACGAAACUAAAGGAGGCAGGCUUUACCGCCGUGUGAUAGAAAAUAGAGGAUUCCGCUGUUUGACAAACAAUUCUUUACCAAAUCCUUUUGACCAUCGUAAAUCGUGUAAGAUCUUCCAGCUUAACUCUUUGUCUCCCACGAUGCGUGCCCUCCCCCAUCUCUGCGACUCUCACAACAUCGUCUCUAGGAUCAUCCAACAUCCCUUUUAG